AUGUGCCCAGUGGAAAUGCGUGAUUCUGUCCACCAGAAGGCGUGGGGGAACGUGUCCACAGCAGCCGUCUUCAUGGUCACCCACUCCGGAAACAACUCGCAAGUCCAGCGGCAGCAGAAGGGGAAACGCACUGUGAUGUGUCCACACAGUGAGACAUUACACGGCAAGAAGAAAGGAACAAUGUAUGGGCAGUAUAACCGCAGAGUUGCCUCCCGGGCUGUGCCCUCAAAGGAUAGUCUCAAGUCUGAUGAAGAAGCCGACAGCGCGAAGGAGCCUCAGAAUGAAUUCUCUGAAGUCCAAGGUCCCCCUGGCACCCAGGAGUCAGGGGGAGGCCGCGCCCGCCGAGCACAGGUGGUGAGGUCACAGAAGGUGCGUGAGGAGGCCGCGGUCCUCAUGGCGCUGGUGCCCGCGUGCAGCAUGGGUGAUGGCAGAGGGUUCGCCUUCCCAGAGCAGAUCAUCUCCUCGUGGGCCCAGGAGGGCGUUCACAAUGGCAGGGAGGUCCUGCAGGUGGCGGCCGGUCUUGCAGCUGCUCCAGCAGAGCCCCGCCGGGGGCAGUUCAUGAGGCUGCCGCCGCCCCACAACACUGCAACUCGCCUGUCUGUCAGAUGCCUGGAACAGGGCUACCGGGGGAGGGUGAUCCUCCUGUGGUCCGAGGUGGAGGUGGAACGCUCGAAGUUCUGGGAGCGGGCCAAGCGGCAGAGGGCCAGGCUGGAGGAAGACCUGCGGCACCUGCAGGCAGAGGAGACCAGCCUCUGCAAGAAGCUGACCCUGACCCUGAAGCCACAGAGAGAGCCCGUUGCUCAGCCGAAGCGGACGUGUCCUGUCUUCUCCAGGAGAGUGCAGCCCUCCUCUGCAGCCGUGUGGGCUGCAGGAUGGGGCCGCGCCUGCCUUCUGAUUGUUUCCUGUGUCUGCGGACACCACCUUCCAGGUUUUCCAGUGAUCACGUUAAAAAAGAAUCGAGUUGGAAAAGCUUUCUGA